GGUGAUUUUAAUUUCACCAUCUGGUAACACUGUUCCCACUACACAUUUGACAAAAUUUCAACAAAAAGGUAUAAAUGCAACAGCAAAAGCAUCGCUAUCGCUUCAAAUAUGAGUCGAAAGGGAACGCGAGAUCAAAAUGACAUAUCGCUGAUAAUUGGGACGCUUCCGAAACGUCUACAGAAUAAAAUCGCGGCCAGCUGCAGCCACGCAGCAAAAGCAACAACAACGGCGGAGACAGAAAACGCUGAGAAUGCGGAGCCAGUUGCUGCGACUACGAACCCAAGGCCAGUCACCAUCCUGAGCAAUGCAGCUGCAGGAAAACCGAAUCAGAAUCCGCAGCCCCAUCCCGUUUUGGUUACCAGCGGGAAACUGCCGCGGGAAUGCGGGAUUCCGGGCAUCCUACGGGUGGCCACCUCAGUGGCCGGCGGGAACGCCAAUGGCCAAGGUAAAUCUGGACAUAAUGCCCGUCGCAGGGGUCGCAAUCAUCCCGGCAAGGACAAGGAGCACGCUCCGCAGUCGCCAGUAACGCGCACCCGCUUGACCACCGAGCAUCCGGAUUGGUUUGAGCCGCUUUUAAACCUACCCCAUGCCAAGAACAUAGUACAGUUGUACGAUCAGUUAAUGGUUCUUCAUCAAAGAAAUCUCGUACUGAUAAACUGGAAGAACUUUUGCUACAUUCACGACCAGCUGCAGGACGCCUUUAAGCAGCUUCUUCUGGAGCAGCUAAAGUUUGUGUGCGAGCACAAGGUUGAUGUCUUCUUUUGGAAACUGCUCUUUUACAAUGUGAGGGAUUACCUGAAGCGUCAGCAAACUGAUCAAGCGCACGCACAUAUAUUGCUGCUGAUCGAACAGGCGAUUAAAUUUUACCGCCUGGCCUACGAUAAGCUGAUGGCCAAAUGCGUGGCUUCGUCGCGCUGUGAGAGCGCUCUUAAGGUGGUGGCCCAGCGGCUUCUCAUCUGUCUGGGCGAUCUGUCGCGUUACCGGGUGAACCAUGUCAAGGCUACGGACUACAUGGAGGCGGCUAGAUACUAUCAACGUGCUCAGGAACUAGUCCCCGGCAAUGGAGCACCUUACAACCAACUGGCGGUCAUUUCCAUUUACCACCACAAGCGGUUCGACGCCGUUUACUACUAUGUACGCAGUUUGCUGACUUCGAACUCUAUACAGACGGCCAAGGAAAGCCUACUGGAUCUGUUCGACGAGAUUCGGCGCAAGUACGAAGAGACCGAGAUGAAGCAAUCGCCAAUGCACUACAUAUCGGCCAAAAACCAGAAGUCCAAGCAGAUGCGCAAGGAGGUCUGGAUUUAUCCAGACGGAAUUCGACGACUACAUCGCACCGAUGACAAGGGGAACAAGGCGAAGGGCAACAAGGCUACAUUGGCCGAAGUCAGUCGCUACGGUGAGAUGAUGUCGGAGGAGCUGCUCCCGCGCAUUGUGUCCCUUUAUCUGUACUUGAUAGGGAAGCUUUACACAGGCACAGAUGUGGACUCGUUAUACCCGCUGUUGAGAAAACUGCAAAUUCAAAUGGGAGCGGCGGUCAAGCAUGACAACCUGUUGACACGCUCAAAACUGCUGAAAAUAGUGGCACUGAACCUGUUCGUCGUGGAACACAACAAGCGGAAGACGUCACGUCGCGAGAUGCGUUAUCACAGCUUCAAUUUUGCAAACUCAUUCUUUGGACUCAUGCUGAAGAAAACAAACCAGUUAAUGGCCGGUUUUGUGGAGGCCUCUACAAAUAUCCAGUGUCUUCCAGAAGAAGACUUUACAAGUGUCAACACAUAUCUGCAGUAUGUUAAGGUUUAUGUUCAUUGGCUGAGCAUUAAUGUGGACAUAUGGGAACCAGUCAGAACAGAGGAACACUCUUUCGUCGAUUGCUGGGCGGAGCUAUCAACCCUCUUUGAGCACAUUGAGUGUGUGCUAGGAAAGCAGAAGCUUGAAAAGAAAGAAGUAGUUUUGGAUGAGGAUUUUGCACUGAGCGGUUUUAAUCCUUUGGGGCGUGAACCGUUGGGCAAAGAUUGCCUCAAGCGAGGACCCGAACGAAUUCAGUUUUUAGAACGCUUGCGUAGGAUUUCCCAGUUCCAGCACUGCUACGCCGAACAUCAAAAUGCAUUGCAACAGCCACUGGACUCGAGUUUCAUUAUUGAAGAUCUCAACGCAGCCAUGAAGAAUGCUCUGGAAAACUUCGAUGCUGAAAGUUGUGGCCUCGUGACUAAUGUACCAAAGAUUCAGUGUCAAGCAGUUGAGGAACUGUUGUGUCCUUCCACUGAUGCAGAUGUUUCGCAACUGUGCAAGCUUAAGAAGGAGCUGGAGGCCAAGGCAAAGGUUAAGCAGAUAUGCACCACCAAGCUGGAGGAGAUCCUUAAGUUUGUAGACACUAAAAUAUAUAUUGAGGUUCGCCCGCGCUACCUCCUGCCCGAUACCAACUGCUUCAUCGACUGUCUGGAAGACUUUGAGAAACUGUCAACAGAGUUCAAGCGCUACACCCUCAUCAUACCGCUGACGGUUGUAAAGGAACUGGAUGGCCUCUCUAAGGGCGUUAAGCUGGACUCGUACCGCAAUUCCAAGCAGACUCAGCGCAUCCACCACUUUGACGAGGUGUCAUCGCGGGCCAAAAAGUCGCUUGAGUUCAUUAAGUCGGCCAAGAGUAAUGUGAAGUGUGCUACCACAAAGGGCUCAUUUGUUAACGCUUCGGUAUUUGCCUUAGUUGAGGAAGAGUAUCUUUCCAACGACGACAAAAUUCUGGCGACUGCAGUGGCUGUAUCGAAAACAGCCAAGUCUGAACAAUGCACAGAUGGGAAGUGUUUUAUUCAAACGGAGCUAGUGCUCAUUACCACCGAUCGCAAUUUGCGAGUCAAGGCAUUGUCUCGGAAUUUGGCUGUCAGCGCGUUGGAUGAAUUCCUGCAGUGGGCAAAGGAUUGCCGCGAAUCAACCUGAAAGUCGACUUAUAUUGCAAGUGGACCGGCUAACAAUGUAAAUGGACUUGCCCACCGUUAGAUGCGGUGCGGAGCGAGCCCGAACUAUUAUACUACCUACAUUAUACACAAAUGACUAUGUAUGUCGUGGUCGGCAGAUUCGGACACAUACGCUGGCCGCGGAUACGUACACGACGUGGGUUCCUGAGGACUGGACACGGGUAAACAGCCGCGGAUGGUCUGGUUUUUCCCCGCGGUGAUGCUUUUUCGAAGCACAUCACGUUGGCUUCCACUUAUCUAAUUUGUCCUUUCUUACUUCUUCAACUGUACAUUUUGUGACCUUCGAAAAAAUUAAAUCAUUUUGGAUUGUUGUUCAA